AUGGACUUGAAUCCUCAACAGAGAGAUCUUGUGACUCAACUCUAUGAGCACGUCAAAUCGAUUCCUACUAUUUCUUCGGGCAGUUUUAUUUCAUCAUCAUCAUCUCAAAACUCUUCCUCCUCAAUUGAAUUAACUUGCUCCUAUUCCGAUUAUCAAAAUGACAAGACGAUCAAUAUUCUCAAACAAUAUCACCUUGUUUUGAAUUCCGAAGCAAAGAAGGAUCAAACGACGGUCGUUGUUUCAUCGGUAUUUCCAUCCAUUGUGCCGGCUGAUGUUCAUGCUUCUUCCAUCUCUCCAAGUGGUCAACGUAAGGCUCUCUUUAAAUGUAUUUCUCAGGAUGGAAAGCCAAAUGCUCAGACCGGAGCACUCGAUUAUCAAAUUGAAAUCUAUGCCAAUCAAUUAUUGCAGACAAGAGUUUUGGUCAAGGACAUUCAUGGUAAGCUCUUUACCGAUGAGACCUUUGCGAGAGUUUCUUGGUCCAGUGAUGAAAACAAAAUUCUCUAUGUUGCAGAGUUGAAGCAAGAAAACGUGAAAGCAUAUUGGGAGAAGCGAAAGCCAUCAACACCAGAAUCAGACAAUGGAUCUUCUACUGCACAGUCAAAUUUUGAGUUCAAGUAUGAUUAUGAGAGGAAGGAAGAUUGGGGAGAACAAAUUUUGUUAAAGAAUCCUCACAUUUAUGAAUUGGAUAUCAAAGCCAAACAAGUCACUCAUGUGGAUGUGAUUCCAAACAAUGUCAGUGCUGGAUCUCCAAUUUAUUUACAAAAUUCCAAUCAAUUUGUCUAUGUUGGAUAUGAAAAGCCAGUUCGAAAGUUAGGUCUCAAAUACUGCAUGCAAAGAGAUGCCAAAUUGUUUUAUUGUGACCGACAAAAGGUGGAGCAAAUAGCCAAACAAUUUAGAGGAAUUAGAAGACCUGUCUUUUCUCCUUGUGGCACUAAACUUGCGUUUUUGGCAUUUGACAAUGAUGUGAACUAUCACAAUUCAACUUCGAAACUUGUUGUUUUGAAUUGGAACGAAAGCAAAUCGGAUUAUCAAGUGAUUGUAGAUAUCGUGCAGAAAGUAUCAGUUUCCAACGAAGCGGAAUUAAUGCAAGCUUUUCCAGGUCUGUACACCGCGGAAUUGUCUCUCAACUGUUGGAGUGCUGAUUCAAGAUAUAUUGUUGUUAAUUCAAUAUGGAGAAGUGUCACAUCAAUGCUAGUGAUUGACAUCAGCAAAACAUCCAAUAACGUAAAAAGAGUGUUAGGAAAUGCUGGCUCUUACGAUUCGAUUGUGUUCUUGAAUCAGGAUGCCAACAAACAAAAGGUUCUCUUCUACCAAACCACUCCAGCAUCUCCUUUUGAACUCUAUGUAGCAGAUAUUAAUUAUGAAAAUGGUGAUCUUUCAAACUUGAAACUAUUGGAAGAUGGUCUUCAAACUCUGGAAGACUCUCUUGUUGAAAAUGCAAGUCUGAGAGACAAAAUCAAGGAGGUGACAUGGAAGGUCUUACAUAUUCCUGUUGAACAGAAGGAGAACUCAAAUAUAUUUAUUGAUGCAAUUUUAUAUGUUCCCAAAACUCCUAAAGGAUUCUUGGGAACAACCCAAUCACAAGACGAGAAAAAACAUAGUCUUAUUGCAUUCCCUCAUGGUGGCCCUCAUUCUGCCUUUAUCACAUCAUUCUCUUCACAAAGCAUUUUCUACGCUCUUUGUGGAUAUGCUGUGUUAUUUAUUAAUUACAGAGGUAGCGUCGGCUUUGGACAAGAAUUUGCAGGAUGUUUACCCGGUGCUGUUGGAGACUUGGACGUUAAGGAUUGUCACACUGCAAUUCAAUACGUAAUGAACCAUAAUGUUUUAGAGGUCGAUUCUGAGAGCAUUUCUGCUUUAGGAGGAAGCCACGGUGGAUUUUUAGCUGCACAUCUAAUUGGACAAUAUCCUGAUUUAUUUAAAUGCUCAAUCAUGAAAAAUCCUGUCAUUAAUCUCAGCACAAUUUAUGGAGAGAGUGACAUUCCAGAUUGGUGUUAUUGUGAAAGCUUAGGAAAUGAGUAUUACGAUGAAGCUUUUGCUACCAAAGAUAUGGUAAAAAAAAUGUAUGAACGAUCACCAAUUCGUCAUGUUAAUAAGGUGACUGCUGCGGUGAUGUUGUUGGUUGGAGAGGUUGAUCGUCGAGUCCCCAAAGAACAACCACGAGAAUUUUAUCACGCCUUAAAAUUCUUAGGAAAGUCCAAAGAUGUCAAAAUGCUCGUCUACCCAGAGAACGAUCAUCCAAUCGCAAAACCAAGUGCUGAAUUCGACAGUAUGGUAAGCUCUCUUUUGUUCUUGUAUGCUCAUGCUCAAUAA